AUGGGCAGAAACCAAGGUGGAAAUCAUGCGCACUAUGCAGAAGAAAAUAACCGUUUGAAGUUAAAGGGCUUAAAUGAUGCGUGCAAAGUCUCGCACGUCCUCACACGUUUGGACGAUUACAAGGCCCUGAUCAUGGCCUUGUCGGAGCACGAUGUUCCUCGCUUGCAGUAUAUCCUUACUGUUGCCCUGAAGCGAGGAGCAAGCAUCCGACAGAUCAUCAACACCCUCGAAGAUGCUAUUGCCGGCACUUAUCAUCCACGGGGCUACAGCGGGGAUGAUCUCGACAUCGCAACAUUAGCCUAUCGGCUCGGGGGACGUCAACUGGUAUACGCCUUUAGUCACCGCUUAGGCUUACCGUCAUUACGCACCCUGCAAGCACAUCGCACCUUUACAUCCAUCACGCCUACGAUAGGCCCAAUCGCAGCCUCACAACUUGACACGAAUAUAAACGCCCUCAUCCUCACACCUUUAGGUAGUGUUGUCGUCCCUCGUCGUGGACACUCCCUCAUGAUGGAUGAAAUCGCGCUCGAGGAACGUGCCUCCCAUCACCGUGCCUCCAAUACUGUCAUCGGUCUUUGUCACUCCCACUCGCAUCUCGUUGAUCCAACACUUCACACGUACGACUCAGCACUGCGCAUCGCAGAGAAACUUGCAGAUGGCACAGUGCACCUUGGCAAAGAGAUAGAUCGUUGGCGAGCAACUGGAGCCGAAGAACACCUUGGACCGAUUUUCAGCGUCGCAACUGACGGAGAUUCGACACGUAGAGCAGCAGGACAUCGCAUGUUUCUCAAGUCUGAACUCUCAUCGACAUCUAGGCUAUACGGGACACUGUCUCACAUGCCCGGACUCAACCUCGCAACUGGAGAUGACGAGAUUACGUUGGAUUUCGACUAUAAGCAUAUAUUCAAGCAUAAGUCAUUUUUUUAA